GUGCUCUUUUAUUUUUCAAUCUUCUGUUUAGAAGGAUUUUCUUCCUAAAAGUUGAAAGUUCAAAAGUAGUAUAUAUUAAAAAAGUUAAAAAUAAACACAUAUAGAUCAAAAAAUAUAAUUAAAACUUUCUGCAAUGGCAGAAACACAUAUACAAAGCGUUGAAGAUCAAGAAAACAACAGAGAACGAGAAUCCUUAAUAGCUACGGCUGUAAAUUUUCUACAUAACGAUAACGUACGAAGAAGUCCAUUAUCUCAAAAACAAAAAUUUUUAAGAUCCAAAGGUUUAACAGAAAAUGAAAUUCAAAUAGCAUUCGAGAGAGCUGGAGUAUUUUCGAAUGAUCCGAAUACUGUAAUUAAUUUGGGUAUAAAUUCAUCUCAAGCGCAGCAUUCUAAAAAUCUAGUCGUUCAUCAAUUGCAAGUACCAACAACAUUUACAAAGAUUAAAGAUUUCUUAAAUUCAGCUGCAAUUAUAAGUGGGAUAAUAUAUGCCAUAUAUAAAUUUUAUAAAAACUAUAUUGAACCAUUUUUGUUUGGUCGAAAGAAAAAAACUGUAGAAGAGCAGUUAAGUGAAAUCGAUAAUAAAGUAGACACUGGAAUUAGCAAAUUAAGCACGGAAGUUAUUAAAAUACGUGAAGAUAUUUCAUGCAAUAAUCAAAAUGAUAUAUUAAGGGAGUUGAGUAAUUUUAAGAAUGAUUUAGAGGCUAUUAAGGGAUUACUUUUAAAUCGAAAACAAUUUGCAAAUCCUUUUCCAAUUCCGGCAUGGCAAUUACAGUCUACUCAGCAUCAUCAAGCAGACAAGAACGAUGAUGCUGAUGGUUCUGGGUCUGGAUCAUCAGAAACUGAAGCCGUAAUCAAGAAUAGUGAUAGUAGUAUAGAAAUUAUGUAAGAAAAGAUAUUGUGUUGAAAUAUAUAAGAUAAAAUUCAGAAAACUUCGAAAAAUUAUAUAAUUCUUAUACAACCUUCCAUUAUAUAGAAUAGAUAUUGUUAUUUGAUUUCAUGUAUGGGUUAAUUUUUACUGUUUUUUCUUUAUAUAGAAAGAACGAUUUGGGUAAGAUAAGCAUUAUCUUAGUAAAUAAUGUAGGUACAUAAAUACAUAUAAUAAAAGUUAAUUUAAAUAAAACGGAGAAGCUUUAACUCAUAUAAGUGCAUUUUUUAAAGAUUUAAAGUAAAUAUCUCUUCUAUAGCUCUAUUUAUUGUUUUGAAAAUAA